CGCGCGGGCUCGCGAGCAGAGGCCUGCUGCGCGCGCGGGGGCGGGCGACGGAGUCCGACGGCGCCGGAGUCGAAGCCGGAGCAGGAGUGCUUGUUGCUGAAGGGCCGCCGCAGCCGCCGCGAGCCCCCGGACCGACGCCAGGCCGAGGAGGGCACCGCGCGGCGGACCUGGCAAGAUGACCCAGUUCCUGCCGCCCAACCUCCUGGCCCUCUUCGCUCCCCGGGACCCCAUCCCCUACCUGCCGCCCCUGGAGAAGCUUCCGCACGAGAAGCACCACAACCAGCCCUACUGCGGCAUCGCGCCCUACAUCCGGGAGUUCGAGGACCCUCGAGAUGCCCCCCCUCCAACGCGUGCAGAAACCCGGGAGGAACGCAUGGAGAGAAAGAGAAGAGAAAAGAUUGAGCGGCGACAGCAAGAAGUGGAGACGGAGCUAAAAAUGUGGGACCCUCACAAUGAUCCCAAUGCUCAGGGGGACGCCUUCAAGACCCUCUUUGUGGCGAGAGUGAACUAUGACACGACAGAAUCCAAGCUCCGGAGAGAGUUUGAGGUGUAUGGGCCCAUCAAAAGAAUACACAUGGUGUACAGCAAGCGGUCAGGGAAGCCGCGCGGCUACGCCUUCAUCGAGUACGAGCACGAGCGGGACAUGCACUCCGCUUACAAGCACGCAGAUGGCAAGAAGAUUGAUGGCAGGAGGGUCCUUGUGGAUGUGGAGAGGGGCCGAACCGUGAAGGGCUGGAGGCCCCGGCGGCUAGGAGGUGGCCUGGGGGGUACCAGAAGAGGCGGGGCCGACGUGAACAUCCGACAUUCCGGCCGUGAUGACACAUCCCGCUACGAUGAGAGGCCCGGCCCCUCCCCGCUUCCCCACAGGGACCGGGACCGGGACCGCGAGCGGGAGCGCAGAGAGCGGAGCCGGGAGCGAGACAAGGAGCGGGAACGGCGACGCUCCCGCUCUCGGGACCGGCGGCGGCGCUCACGGAGCCGAGACAAGGACGAGCGGCGGCGCUCCAGGGAGCGGAGCAAGGACAAGGACCGGGAGCGGAAGCGGCGAAGCAGCCGGAGUCGGGAGCGGGCAAGACGCGAGCGGGAACGCAAGGAGGAGCUGCGUGGUGGCGGCGGCGGUGGUGGUGGUGGCGGUGGUGGAGGUGGUGGUGGAGGUGGUGGCGGCGGCGACAUGGCAGAGCCCUCUGAGGCUGGGGAUGCGCCUCCUGACGAUGGGCCUCCUGGGGAGCUCGGGCCUGAUGGCCCCGAUGGCCCAGAGGAGAAGGGCCGGGAUCGCGACAGGGAGCGGCGGCGGAGCCACCGGAGCGAGCGGGAGCGGCGCCGGGAUCGGGACCGGGACCGGGACCGCGAGCACAAGCGGGGCGAGCGGGGUGGAGAGCGGGGCAGGGAUGAAGCCCGGGGUGGGGGUGGCGGCGGCAGCGGCGGCGGUGGACAGGACAACGGGCUGGAAGGGCUGGGCAGCGACGGCCGAGAUGUGUACAUGGAGUCUGAGGGAGGCGACGGGUACCUCGCUCCAGAGAACGGGUACUUGAUGGAGGCCGCACCAGAGUGAGGGCGGGCUCCCUCCCUCCUCCUGUCACUCUUCCCAAACUUGGCUACCUAAGUUUGCUCUCCAAGAGGGGGGCUCUAUUUGUUGUCCCUUGGAUUUAAAAAUAAAAUUAAUUUCCUGUUGA